UCCUCACUUGGGGCUUUUGUCAAGGUGGCACUCGACUGUCCGUGUCCAGUGCUUUUUUCGAUUGGGCGCUUCAUCAUUGAAUUGCUUGUCGCCAACGGAGCCUUUGUCUCUGCUUUGUUGGCUUCCAGCUUCUUUAUGCAUGGUUCGAUCCUAUGGUCAGUAUCCUGAGGCUAAGAAGCAGCGCUGGCUGCAAUUAUCGGUCUGCUUUCUGUUAUUCAUCCGCUUUGUGGGAACACCCUGGUUCUUUCAAAAGCAUCUUACGAAGAGAGCAGUCAAUGGGGUCCAUCUGGUUGUGGGACCCUCUUAUAGGCGAGUGUUCGCACUACAGAUGCCUGCUCUGGCAUCAUUCUUAGAGUUCUUCUUUUUCUUCAUUUCCUUCUUUUCUUCUUGUCAACUAGGCUUCUUCCUUACGCCUUGCUAAGUAUUUUUAAUCUGUUUUCAUGAGAAUCAGUGGACAUAUUCAAAAUGCAUGUCAACAAAUCAUCAACAUUACUAUGGCUAGGUGUAUCAGGUGUAAUCAAUAACCAGGAAUUAAUUCG